AUGAAAGAAGAAGAGAAAGUCGAUAAAGAAGAAGAAGAGAAAGUCGAGAAAAAAGAAGUAGAGGAAGUAGAGAAAGAAGAAGAGGAGGUAGAGAAAGAAGAGGAAGAGAAAGAAGAGAAGAGGAAAGAAAAAGAGGAAGAGGAAGUAGAGAAAGACGAAGAAGAGGAAGUAGAGAAAGAAGAAGACGAGAAAGAAAAGAAAGAAGAGGAAGAGAAAGAAGAGGAAGAAGGAGAGAAAGAAAGGGAGAACAGAAAGAAGAAGAUAGAGAAAAAGAUAUUCCUGCUGUUGUUAUCUGAAUCUCAUGAGCAGCCGGUGAACAAGCCAAUCAUGGAAAAUACAGAACAACAAUAA